AUCAAACAAUCAACAAGUUCUAAGACAACAACAAAAAACCCCAAAAAACUAUCAACAUGCAAUUCUUUACUUUGACCGCAUUGUUUGCCCUCGUCGCCAUUGCCAGUGCCUACCAUCACGAGGAUUACCAUCAUCAUCCAUCGUACAAAUACGAGUAUGGCGUAAAGGAUCCCCAUACACAUGACCACAAGAGCGCCUGGGAACACAGAGACGGCGACCACACCAAGGGUGGAUACACUCUCGAUGAAGCCGAUGGCACUCAUCGCGUUGUUGAAUACCACUCUGAUGGCAAAGGUCUUCAUGCUGUUGUCAAGCGCAUCGGACAUGCCCAUCAUCCCGAUCACUAUGGACACGAACACGGACAUGGAGGUUAUGGACAUGGUCAUGGUUCUGCCACCAGCUAUGCCAACCAAAACCAACAUCAUCAUUAA